GGUAUUGGCAACAGUGACCUCCGAGGCUGCUUAGAUACAAGAGGAGUAAUGUGGUGGAGUGCAGCUAUGGGGCGGUGGCUGGUGGUGGUGGCAACAUUGGCUGUCUCCCAGGUUAACACCAGGAUCUCACAGACCAUCAACAUCCAGAGGCCUAAGACCAUAAGUCCAAAGCCAUGCACCAUCUUGACCUAUCAGGAUAAGAACGAGACUGAGGUGCUAUGUGAAGGUCUCCACGCCCUACAGGAGGUAAGGACGUACCUCAGCAGUGACCAGGUGCCUCGGGUAACUCAGCUGACAGUGAGGCGAGCCAACUUCUCCUCCUUCACCCUCGACGACCUGGUGGAUUUCGAGUCACUCCACACGCUCAUGUUCAACUCUAGCUUUGUGUCAAACUGGCAGCCACCGUCCCUCACCUCCAUACCUAAGGUGAGGACCCUCGUUCUAGACAAGAGCUGGGACAACGAAACACUCGAGACCAACGUAAAGACACUCACCCUCAACAUCACUCAGAUGCAGUUUUUGAGUGUAUUGCCGGGCCUGGAAGAGCUCUACAUUUAUGACUGUUACAUAAUCCAUCUCUCCCAACUGUACAACUCUUCAAGUCUUCAGAAACUUAACAUCAUUGGUGGCGGACUGACAUGCGAGGAGGACAAACUGUGGAUCUUGGACUGGAUAGACGCAGGCAGGAUAGCUAUCGCGGAUAACACCACCUGCUUUAGCCCUAGUCUGGAUUUCAUGAAGACUUCGUAUAGCUUGAACGAAAACGAGUUCCUCACUAUCAUGGAAUACAGGAAGGAGACGCAGCGAGAGUGCCCCGCGCCUUGUAACUGUUCAGUGACUGGGAUGAAGGAGAAUAAACUACCCAUGGUUCAUAUCAUGUGUCGGAACGUAGGCCUGACGGAACUGCCGCAGAUCCCACGCUACACAACGCGGGCCUACCUGGAGCGUAACAACAUCACCAACAUGACCGCCCUCUUCACCAACGAGCGCUACCAUCGUAUAGACUCCAUCCUUCUGGACCACAACCACAUCUCCUACAUGGACGGUCAGCUCUUCUAUAAUUACGUGAUGAACCGCUCGUUAGAUCUCGGCAUCUCCCUGGAGCACAACGAGUUCACAACGAUGCCCGUGAAGGAGAUGAAGAGAGUGUACGACGAGGGGCUGAAGCAGGGCAAGAGCUACUUCCCCACCUUCUCUCUGGGCAACAACCCCUGGAACUGUGACGACUGCCAAUUUAUUCAGGAGUUCCAGAAUCUUGUGUACUACCAGCGCACACAGAUCAACAAGGAAAGAGCUCUCAUCAACAUCCGAUGCGCCGAAUGGACUUCCAAUGCUGGCCGCCAGGUGAUCAAACUCGACGUAAAGAGCCUGUGUGCCCCGGACCCGCCUCUCCUUGAGCCCCUGGACAUACUCAACAUCUGUAUGGGGAUUUUCUUGUUGCUGCUCAUCAUCAACUUCCUCCACAAUUUUCACCAGUACCGCAGACACGGCAAACUUCCCUGGAUCAUCACCCAGGUGCCUUGUUGUUGACUCGGACCUCCCGGUUCUCGACGCACCCGGUCUUAUACGGAGGUCUCGUCGCCACCGCCAAAUGGACGAGUAAUACGCGGUUUUAUCCUCGUCGAGAUGUCCACAGUCACCAUAUUGACCUAAUUCACCAUCGACAGAUUUUCCAAACUCAUUACUAGACUGAUGUCUUAUACCUUGGAUCAUCAGCAGUCUGAUAUCACACAUGUUCAUUCAUCAGACUGUCCAGGGUCACAUUUAUUCAUCACAAUUAUUCGUCAUCACUAAAUUACUAACCAUGUAUGCUCAUCAGACUGUCCAGGGUCACAGUUAAUCAUCAAAUUAUUCAUCAUCACUAAAUUAACUCCUUAAACUGUCCAUGAAUUUAGGGUUUCUUAACAUUAUGUAGUUGGGACUUGGGAUUUCACUUUAUUUUGAAAUGAGGAAUUUGUGUUGUCAAACAUAUUCUUAAUUUUUAUGAUUAGGGCAGGUCAAGUUAGGCUAGAGUAGGUAGACACAGUUAGGUUAGAAAAGGUAGACACAGGCUAGAAUAGGUAGUCGAAGGGAUCAAUAGGUUAGAGUAGAGGUACAAUUAGGUUAGGUUAGUUAGGUUAGGCAGUCAAAAGAUGUGGAUAGGAUACACAAUUUCAGGAUUAGUGUAUCAUUGCCAUGGCUGUUCAUAUUUUAAAUUAGUCUUGUACGGUAUAUAACCUUUUACUGUAUUUUAUGAAACAAAUUCGAUUUUAUUCUGGUUGUAUGACACAAGUACACACAAUCAUAAAAGUGUCUGUGUAUAUUUUGCAUGACAUCACAGACAAGAGAUAUUGCAAAAUGCCAUAACUUUCAAGCGAUAUUUCCUGUUUUAUCCAUAGUAAAUAGUGUUAUUAUAGGCACGUUAAGAAGAAAAUAGGUUAUUCUUGCGAUCGUUCAUGUUGGUAGUUACGUUGCUGCAAAGAUGGACUUUAUUGGUCAUUUAGGAAAUCAUCGGACCCUAUGUGCACAAAUACUUAUUUUGGUCGUGUGUACAGUAGCUAAAACAACUAUCUGUGCAUACUUUGUGGGAACAAUAUGAGACCUUGGACGAUAAAUUUUGGUAUAUGAGAGCUGUCACCAGUCACACGGAGGGCUGUCACCAGUCACACACAGGGCUGUCACCAGUCACAUAUAAAAUUUUGGAGCAUUUCGACCCCCACCUGCACAGAUAGUUGUUUUAGCUACUGUACAUGUAUCUAUUUUGUAUAAUUUGACAAAGUAUUGGAACGUAUUGGUUGAAAGCAUUAGAAUUCGCUCAUAUCGCUUCCACGAGUCAUUAUUUUUUUCAGAUAAUACUAUUCAUUAUGAUUACCAAGAUCAUUAUUAUCAUCGUAUUGUCAUUAUGAUGCUGAUGAUCGUGUAUGGACAGUGUCAAUGUCAUUAUCAUCGUCUGGUGAGGAUAACUCGACCUCAUUCUCACAGAUUCUUUCACUGUGGAAGGACUGGUGUAUGUUGUCUUGAUAAUUACAUACAGGAAAUAGCAGUCACGUGUCCUAAUGUCCCUAACCUAACCCAUCCAAUCCCAUCCCAUCCCAUCCCAUCCUAUCCUAUCCCCCAAUCCAACAAUAUUGACAGGAUAUGUUUAAUACCGGCCAUAGUUUUGAUGGUUAGAUUAGGUUCACUUAGACUCAAAACAAUGGGUUAGGUUCAGUUAAGGGCUGUGAGAACUAUGAAUUACCUGACCACAACUUAUUUUUGUUCAUAGGAAUAACAUAAGGGAGCCAAUAAUUAUGUGGGAAUCAAUUGUUUCUUUUUUGUUCCAUAUGAAACCUUGGUAAGCCAUUUUGUUUCAAUAUGUGUGAGAGAAAGUAGGGGAAAGUAUAUGGGGAUAGCUAGAGAAAGUAAGGACAUGGAACACCUUGAGAAAGUAAGUAGAGAGAGAGACAUAGGACUCCUAGGGAAUGUAGGAGAAAGGGACAUGGUACACCUAGAGAAAGUAGAGACAGUGACAGCUAGAGAAAGUAGGGGAAAGGGACAUGGAACAGCUAGAGAAAGUAGGGGAAAGGAACAUGGUACAGCUAAAGAAAGUACAAACAGGUAUGGGACAGCUAGAGAAAGUAGGGGAAAGGAACAUGGUACAGCUAGAGAAAGUACAAACAGGUAUGGGACAGCUAGAGAAAGUAGGGGAAAGGAACAUGGUACAGCUAGAGAAAG